UUUUGGCUCAGUUGGCCAUGUUGCUGGUCGCUACCUUCGCUCUGCAGGUCGCAGUCGGACAUGGCGCUGCAGUCUGUCGAGAUCAAGCAUGGCUGAUGCUUCAGAAGAAGUCCCGGACAAAGAAGCAGGAAACUCUGCUGCCGGAAGAGCAAAAUUGGUACUACAAUGCGCAAGAGGAGGGCGAGCCAGCGGCGGGGGGCUGGGGCGGUGCAUGCACCUGCCCCAACGGCGAGGUGUACCAGGUUGGUGACAACAUGGAUGCCUGCAAAAGCAUCGCAUGCGUGGGCGGUGAGGCGGGCCAGUGUGAGGAGGUGGACAGGAAUGAGCGGAGGGGUAUGAAAGUACGAUGCGACACUCCGCCGCCGGCACCUCCCACCACUCCGCCACCUGGGCAACAUAGCAGAGAGGCGACGAGGUUCCUUACAUGGAACGUCUACUACGCGAACGACCUGAUAGGGCGGGCGGGCCAGAUCGCGGAUGCCAUCCUCGAGGUGGAUCCUGAGAUCGUGUCCCUGCAGGAGGUGUGGCAAGAGUGGGACGAGAUCCUGGGGGCGCUGAAUCAGCGGUCCGGAGCCAUCUGGGAGUUUGCCCGCGGAGGCCCAACCGAGCAAGUUUGGGACGGGGACAUCGUCUUCCGGCGCGACCUGUGGACAUUGCUGGACAGCGGCGUGCGGACCUUUGAGGAGCGUGGCAUCACCUGGGCGGUGCUACAGAGACGCGCGGACUACACUGGCGUGGUGGUUCUUGGAACGCACCCCUGGUGCUGCACCAACGAUGAGCCCAUCCUGAAAUUUGUGCAGAACGAAAUCCUCACGGUGAUGAAGGAGCAAAGGGCAAAGUACCCCGAUUUUCCCAUCGCUGCGCUGGGUGACAUGAAUGCAAACUUUUAUGCUGGGUCCCAGUUUCUGAUGCGCGACGGCACGCGCACGGCGCACAAUCAAUACUGGGACAUCAAUCCGUAUACCUUUCAAGACGCCCACUACGUCACGGGCAACAGCCCCGACGAGUCCACGGGCUUUGGCGUCAAGAUCGACUUUGUCUACUUUGAGUACACGCCUCUUUACAUGGGCCGUGUGACCCAGUCGAAGAUCUGGCAAGGCUGCGACAAAGCUGGCAGCGACCAUUGCGCGGUUUCCGGGGAUGUCAUUCUCGUUCAGCGAGGAACGACACCUCCGCCGACUACAACCACUACAACCACCACAACCACUACAACCACGACAACCACGACAACCACUACAACCACUACGACCACGACAACCACGACCACCACCACCACCACCAUCAUUACCAUUAUUGUCACCACCACCACCACCACGACCACUCGUACUGCCAGAGAAUCAAGUUGGGAGCAGGUAGGAGAAGAUGGCCAAGCCUGCCGCGCCGGGAGAGAGGAUGCUUCGCCGACCAAGUACCUGGUGACCAAUCUCGAUAGCUUGGAGGACUGCAAGGCCUUGUGCGCCGUCACUGUGGGCUGCCAGGGGGUGGAAUACUCCCGGGGCCGCUGCGAGGUGUGGACGAGGCCAAUUGUCUACACUGCCCCUGUGGCCGGCUUCACAUGUUGGCACUUCCAGGGCCCGACCCAGCCCAAGCCUACCUUCGAGCCUGUAGAUGGCGGCGCCGACCGCGUUUGCCGUGGCGCUGUGGGGAGCAAAGGGAGCAAUUGGAGUGGCUACUACCGCGUCUACAAUCCGCCGACUUUGGAGCUCUGCAAGGGCCGUUGCGCCAUUACAGAUGGCUGUGCGGGCAUUGAGUGGAGUCCGAGGCGAUGCGAGGUUUGGACAUCUCCGAUCGAGAGCACCAGAGCCGUGCCGGGCUUCCAGUGCCUCCGCGCCAGCAUCUUCUCGUGAGGCGCGCCGACCAACCCACAUGCAAUGGGCUGGAGGAUCCCGGAAGCGCUCCGGGAGCUGAUUGUAAAGCUUGGGAAUUCGGAGGCGAAGGUGAGGUUGUCGGGGUAAAAGCCCCCACUUCUUUGGCGCA